GCUACUUUGGGUUUGCUAAUGCAUAGGGACCUCAGGCUGGCUUCUUAGUGUUUAGGAGCAGUGGCUGACAACUAAGCGUUGAAGUAUAUAGUGCACAGAAUCCUGGUGCUGCUUGCUCAGGCGUCAGUGUGUACAUUUUAUUUAGUUGCCUUUUGCAAGGCCAGUUGUGAGGUUAGGAACAAACUCUGCCUCACAGCUACUGCCUUUAAAUCCUGCAAGAAACAAGAGAGAGAUCUGAAGCUGAGAGAAGCUGCCUCAACUGGAAAGGAUCUGGAGAUUUGCUUGUGAUCUGGAAAUGGACGUCUGAAUUUCUAUAUUGAAGGAAUCUAUUUUCUGACAAGGAUCUGUAGCUGAUUAGGAGCUGGGAAUCUGCAAACAUGGAGCUCUCCAAGGGCCCAGUCCACCAUGUCGCUCUCCGUGCGGCCCCAGAGGAGGGUGCUCUCAACUUCAAUCACUAGAAGUCAGUCGUUUGCUGGAGUUAAUUCAACCUACGACAAGACUAGGCAUUUGCCGGCCUUUCAUACUCCAACUGUCUCUCGGAAGUCUGGCUCCAGAGUUCGAAGAAUGUUUUCAAUGUCGCACAAAUCUCCUCCACCUAAGGUGCCUCAGCCUGACAGAGUGGACGAGGUGUACGAUGCCCUGAAGAAGGGUUUGGGAGCAUACCUGGAAGUCCACCAAAUGGAAAUGGAGAAAAUGAGCACUCAGAUCCGUGAGUCUAAAAGGAAUUCCAGACUGGGUUUUCUGUACGACCUGGACAAGCAAGUAAAGUCAAUUGAGAGGUUUAUCCGCAAACUGGAGUUUCAUUCAAGCAAGAUAGAUGAGCUGUAUGAAGCUUACUGCAUUCAGCGCCGACUACGAGAUGGGGCUCAUAACAUGGUGAGAGCCUACACUGCAUCUCCAGGGAGCAAAGAGGCACGAGAGAGCUUGUCAGAGGCUGGGAAAGGCUACAAGGAAUAUACUGAGAACAUGUGUGUACUGGAGAACGACUUGGAGAGCCAGCUGGGGGAGUUUCAUAUUAAGAUGAAAGGACUGGCAGGGUUUGCACGGCUGUGUGCCGGAGAUCAGUAUGAGAUCUUUAUGAAGUAUGGGCGACAGAGAUGGAAGUUAAGGGGCCGUAUUGAAGUGAACGGCAAGCAGGUGUGGGACAGUGAGGAGAUGGUGUUUCUACCACUCAUCACAGAAUUCCUUUCUAUAAAGGUGACUGAACUGAAGAGUCUGGCAAACCAUGUGGUUGUAGGUAGCGUCUCUUGUGAGACAAAAGAUCUCUUCGCUGCUCUUCCACAAGUGGUGGCUGUUGACAUUAAUGACCUGGGGACAAUAAAACUCAGCCUGGAAGUUAAUUGGAAUCCAUUCGACAAAGACGAUCAACCCUCUGCUGCAAGUUCUGUUAAUAAAUCUUCCACUGUGAACAAAAGGUUCUCAACGUACAAUCCCAGUCCCCCGGACACGCCCUCUAUGCGUGAGCAAGCUUUCUACAAUAUGCUACGACGACAGGAGGAUCUGGAAAAUGGAGCUGCCUGGUCCAUCUCUUCAGAGUCCUCAGAUGACUCCUCCAGUCCACAACUAUCCAGCAAUGUCCGCCAUGUUCCAAAAGCUAUUGUUCAACCUGAGGUUCAGGCAUCUCCUCCAGAUAUAGAGAUUGCUUUCUCACAACGUGAGGAGCCACAACAUGCAAGCUCUGAUGCUGUCAGUCAGGAAGAAGAUGAGGAAGAAGAGACCACCAAUAACAAAAGAGUGUCAGUCAAGAAAGAGUCUAUGGCCAAUGGUCACGUGCCAUAUUCACGGACUCUAAGUCAUAUCAGUGAAGUCAGCUUUGAUGCUGGUGUAUCGGACUCCCAGUCCUCAGAUGGACCUGAAAUUGCACAAACUUUGGACUCAGACAUUCUCCAAGAGGAGGUUGUUGCUUCAUCAAGAUGUGAGGGUACUGUUGUUUUGCCUAUAACUUUACAAUCUCAAACUACUCAGGAAAUGGACUUUGCCACAUUAAACUCUGCAACUGAAGCUCAGGAUCAGGAGAAGUUGAGUAUCCAGCCAACUCAAGCACUACCCAUGGAUUUAUCACUACAGGAUUUACCAUCUAAUGUAGAAGAACAUCUAGUAGUUGAAAAAGAAAUUUUGGCAGAGCAACAGGAGAGAAAUGUACUUCUUACAUCUCCAGUUAGGUUUCCAUGUUUAGAUACUGUUGUUGAAGAAAGGGAGAGUCCCAUUAUGGAAGUGAUGUCUUCUGAAGUUUUAAAGGUAAAACCUGUGGACACUGGCCUGAAUGAGGCAAUAGCUUCACUGAACUCCUCCCUAGAAGACUACCGUGGGCAAUUUCCUGAAUUACAAACACUAGAGCAUGAAGUUAAGCACUUAGAAGAGCUGCUUAUGCAGAGACAAGGGGUGUUCAGAAGCCGCGCAUCAAGUAUUAGCCUGACCGUGGAGAACGCACUGGAAAGCUUUGAUUUUCUAAACACAACAUCUGACAUGGAAGAUUCAGAAGAGGAAGAUGGAGGCCCAUCUGAGAGAAAAAUAAGCUCUGAUCGGGUAGCUGAAGUGCCUGUGGCAUGUGACAAGACCUCAGAGGAGAUUUGUGGCACUGCCGAGGAAAGUUCUGAGCCACUGAGUACCGGCUGUGAACAUCUGGAUCGUGCUAUUGUCUUGCACCUUCGUAACUGUAACCGGCUGCUGCUGCGCUUGGGCACAUUUGGGCCUCUUCGUUGCCGGGAGAUGUAUGCCAUUGAUAAGCUAAUGAAAGAAGCUCAGGUGAUUGAGGUUAUAUGCAGACUGUCCGAAGGGAAAUCUGCAGCUGCAACUACAGCUGAGCAAGUUGUACAGUUUUCCACCUCUAAAGACGGUGUGCUGUCCUUGUGGAAUGAAUGUGCGCGUCCCCCAGACAUCCAUGUCAGCUCACUGGAUUUGUUCCUGCAAGCACUGAGCUCACACUACUCGGAGCAAAUAAAUGCACAGCAGCAAGGUCUUGCCGAUGCAGUGUUUAUGCGAUUGGCAGAGGACAUCUUGGAUCAUAAGUUGCCAAGGCGUCCUCGGACAGCUUACGUUGAACAGGUGACCAUCUUUCAAUACUGGAGUCACUUUGAGCAUCUGAGUACCACUUCCCUGGACUCCUAUAUGUUGGAGUUGGCAAAAGAAGUGCUCUUUGUGGAAAAUCUGAAUUCUGAUGACCAGAAUGUGGUGCUGCGAGCGCUGAAGCGGGUGCCGGAGUGCACAGUACAGAAGGAAGGAUUCAAAGCUUUAAGUUUGCUGCUCACUAACGGGAAUAGCCGCGUCAUCAGCGCUGUGACCACCCUCUUGAGAGGCUUUUCAGAGCACCAGAAGUUCAGAGAGCGGGCUCUUGUGUGUUUCUUGGAGCAGUUGGAAGAUGAGGAUAUGCAGAUGCGAAUUGCAGGCUGUGCUGCUUUGGGAUGUGUAAAGGCCAAGGAGAGCAUUGACCAGUUAGUCUAUCUGUGCCAAACUGAUAAAGAUGAAGUUAAAGAAGCUGCUAAACACAGCCUGAUGCUCUUUGGAGAGGAUGGGAAAACUGCAUGCCGACAUUUAGAAGAGACGCUUGGGAGUUUGCCACUGAUAUUUGCACCGGGAGCUAUGGCAAGCACUGCAUUUUGAGGAUCCUGGACACUGUGCAAUUGUUUGUUGAAAGGUCAAAAGAAUAUUUUUUUAUAAUGUGUGUGUUGCACAUUUGUGGGAUGUAAUGAGCAACCCAGAAAUACACAUAGCAGUAUUAACUGAAGAAUAACCCUGACCUACAGAACAGCCAUGACUUUUAUGUGAAGAAGAGCUUUAGCAAACCAUUUUGAAUGACCUACCUCUUGCAGAGGCAGAAAUGACGGACAGUGAGAGAACGCAGAUCAAUUAAAUUUAAUGAAUUGUCCAGGAUCCUUACACUUAAGUACAACCAAUAAUCCAAUCCACAGGCAGGGCAAUAUAAUAUGCAAUCAGUGCUUAUCCCAUGUACAGUGACAUUGUGCCCAUGACUACUGCAACAGAUGAUUGGCUGUUUACUUGAACUGGAACCCAGUGACAUCAUGAUGAUGUAAUGAUCUGCCUUGCAUGUCUGCAUUUCAUUACACAUAUGGCUUCCUCCAGCUUCUCCCAAGCUAGAAAGGCACUGGGUACUUACCAGGGAAUUACAAAUGGUCCAAAUGCAACAGACUUGGCUUUUUUCCUGCUUUUUUUCUCUCUUAUAAUGGUAAAUAUGUUUCUGUGGUAAGGGUGUGCUCACUUUAAUAAUGGGCGUUGUGAAGUUUUGCAAAGAAAUUGUAGAGUUUAUUAUAAUUGCAGUGAUACAGCCACCGUAUCCAUAUGGUCAAGUGUGUGAUUUUAAUUUUUAUGUUUUGCUAACACAGUUCCUAGACAUUGAUAUAAACAACAAUUUGUUGAUUAAGCUAAAUUUACUGCCGUCUUUUUUGGAGUUUCUUAGUGGGAAUAGUUGUUUUUUUUGUUUUGUUUUUUAAUAUAUAUUUGGCUGUUCAAUUUUAUUUCUUAGCUCAAUGACACUUUAGAAUUUGUGCAAAUAGACUUAUUUUGCAUUUGCAAGAACUGUUUCUUUACUAUACAAACCAUCUUAGUUUGUUCACAUUUAUAUUGCAGUGUCUGUCACUACUAUUAUAAAUUUAGCUUUAACCAACAUGGGUUGAUCCUAAAAGUAGAAGUGCCAAGUGCAUCAAUAUGUUCAGAACCAACAGUUCAGCGCAUUUAUUGGAUCUAGUCUGUUGAUGCCAAGGUUGAUGGAAUACAGUGCAUAAAAUCUUGUAAUUGCUGCAUACUUGCAUAAACUAUGUCCAGGAUCUGUGAACAAGUUCAGUUCAUUUAAAAACCCACAAAAACACACUUUAAAGGAACAAUAUGUUAAGUUUUGUUUGAAGAAGUUCUUAAAAUUAUAUUUUUUUCACUUUAAAGGCUACAUUGAUCACAGAUGUUACUUCUAAUUUCACAAUUUACAAAUCCACUCCCCCCCCCCCAGAGGAAUGUAUGUCUGUAUAUAACUGCACACAAAAACUUCAAAAAGGGAAACACUGCACAAUAUUGUGGUGUUCGUAUUCUACACAUCAUUAAAUAACCAAUAUACAGCUGAUUAUCUUAUAAGCAUAUUAAGAAAUCUAGGUAACUUUUCAAGUGGUCAGUUUAAAAACAAAACAAAAAAAAAACACUACUGUAGAGAGUUUGCUACACCAAAAGUCAUAUUAUGUGACCAGUAUAGAUACUUUUUUUCGUUUAAAUAUAAAAAUAUAAUUAUAUAUUAUAAUUUAUUACAAUAAUACUGUGCUGUUUGUAGUGGCAAUAAAGGUCAUGUCUAAUAUUUGCAUGUUUUCCAUUUAGUUGGUAAAGUUAUCCAGCCUACAGGGAGCCUACAAACCUAAUACAUGUAGGUCAUUGCUUAAAAAAAUGUGGCAUGGAUUUGGCCUGUAAAUCUGUUUUAUUUUUUUACUUUUUAAAAAAAUAUUUAAUAAUUCUAGGAAGAAAGCCAUUUUGUUUGUUUUGAAUUUUGACUAUUGAACAAUAGCACACCCAUGUUAUAGAAAUAUAUAUAGAAAUAUAUAUAUAUAUAUAUAUAUAUAUAUAUAUAUAUAUAUUCUGUUAAAAUUGAUCUAAACAUUAUGAUACCCUUUAUGUAUCUUUAUAUUGUACAACAAUGAUACACAGUUAUGUGUCAGACAGACAAUAAUUUAUCAAACAAUUGCUGUGACCUUAAUUUAUACAAAUUCCUUACAAUUUUCAAUUACAGUGAUUGUACUUAAAAUUCUAAUAAUGUAACUCAAAGGAUAUAUAAGAGAAGCACACCCACGUUUUUACAUCUAUCCUAAAAGAAAAUAAUCAAAACAUUUUCAAACCACUCACUACAUUGAACUAUUUUGCUUCUUACAAAUAUGCUGACCACAUGAGAAGCCAUCUAGAUGUAUUCUUGUCUUCAUUUAUUUAAGAGUAAUCCACGAAUGUAAUACUUUGCACAACUUAUUAAAAGUAGGCAGAUCUCCCUUUUUGGACAGCUAUGGCUUUUUCUUUUAGGUUUGUAACAGAGUUCCGAUGAAAGUAUUUUGUAUAGUUUUUCUCAGCCCUAUAAGGCAAUAUAUUUUGUUGUUAUCCCAAGUGCCUCUUCCCAUUUACCCCUUUUUAACACUCCCACUUAACACCUUGACUGCCUGGUCCUCUGCAAUGUGGUGCAGUGCAUUUUAGCAGUAAAAGGGUCAAAUAUUGAAAAGCAUGCAGUGUUACCUGUGAAUAAAGUUGUUUUUUAUGUUCUGUUUUUAGACUUUAAUUUUAUCAUUGUUCUGCCUGCAAAUAUGGGACAACUCAAAAGAGGUUUUGCUUUUUGCAUUCUGUGGUGUUUUUUUUUAAAUGUUUUUAUUAUUAUUUACGUUUUUUUGCAGAAAAAUUUAUUAAAACCACCAAAAAUACAUGAAAUUAUUUCUAUUAAAUAUAUAUAUAUUAUGUUAUUAUAAAUAUGCAUACAUUUUGAUUUUAAAGCAGAAAUAAAGUUAAACAUUAAAAUGGAAA